UAGGUGCUAGGACUGAGAUUCUAGACAAGAAGGCUGCAAGUCUGUGACUGCCACUAAGCAGUUUCCCUCAGUGUAUCAGACAUACUUAAAACAAACUACCUGAGAAACACCAGGACCAGCUUGUACAAAGACAAAAGGAAUAUCUGCUAACAGUAGUUCCCUACCUCCCCCAUCUAAAGUCUGAGAGAAGAGGGGAAGUUGGAGAGGCCACUGGGGCCGGUUUGGUAGAGAAAGGCAACCUAGGACACUGCAUAGGACUCUUCAUAUGAGAAUGAAUAACCAGUUAGGGAGCUGGUUACUGGUUUUGUUCCCACGGGUGCCUGAGCUCACCUGACGGGACAUGUGAAAACAAAUAUACUUCCACAUGCCUGCACAGAGAAACCUUCAUGGCUUGGUCCCAAGAGUGAAAAGAAAAGUGGGGCUGCUGGAAAGCCCAGCCUCAUCUAAGCAGGUGUAAAUAGAUUCAACUUUCCUGGGACGGGAGAAGGCUGCUCGUGCCCCAGUGGAGCUUUUUCACUUGGGUUGAGAGUCAGAUUCUGGAAAAGAAUUGGGACCGGUAAAGCAGGGAUUUUAGUUGCGGGGGGAGGGGGGCUGUGGAGAUUAGAGUUUUCCAGAACUACUCAUUCUCAAGUGACAGAAGCUCUGAGCUUGUUCUGAGCUCCUUGAGAUCAGAAUCAGGGACAUAUAUCUGUGGAGCAGUGGAGAUCUGCCUGCCUUCAUUUCCCUGUGCCUUGAGGAGGGAAUCGAGGCUUAUUGAUUAUGUGUGUGGCAAGCUGUCCCUAAGCAGACCCUCACCAGCAACUGACCUAGACUUGACAUUACUAGUUUUCUUCACCGGGCCACAGAAAACGCAAGCGUAUAGGAACGAUUUGCUAUGGAAGCUCAGGAGCAUGCGGGACCCCCUCCCACCUACCACCUCCUUGCCUCAGCCAGCCAGCCCAGGGUGGACCAGGAAGUCAGCUCGCCAUCUAGAGAGAACUCAGAAACUAUGCAGCUGAAGAAGGAGAUCUCCUUGCUGAAUGGGGUCAGCUUGGUGGUGGGCAACAUGAUUGGCUCAGGGAUCUUUGUGUCACCCAAAGGAGUGUUGAAACACACGGCCUCCUAUGGCUUGUCACUAGUUGUAUGGGCCAUUGGUGGACUCUUCUCCGUUGUGGGUGCCCUUUGCUAUGCAGAGCUGGGGACCACCAUCACCAAGUCAGGGGCCAGCUAUGCUUACAUUCUAGAGGCCUUUGGGGGCUUCAUUGCCUUCAUCCGCCUGUGGGCCUCACUGCUAAUUGUUGAGCCCACCAGUCAGGCCAUCAUCGCUAUCACCUUCGCCAACUACAUCAUCCAGCCCUCCUUCCCCACUUGUAAUCCCCCCUACGUGGCCUGCCGUCUUCUCGCUGCUGCCUGCAUCUGUCUGCUGACAUUUGUAAACUGUGCCUACGUCAAGUGGGGCACACGAGUACAGGAUGCGUUCACUUACGCCAAGGUCUUGGCGCUGAUUGCCAUCAUUGUCACGGGCCUUGUGAAACUGUGCCAGGGACACUCUGGGCACUUCAUGAACGCCUUUGAGGGUUCCUUCUGGGAUAUGGGGAACCUCUCUCUUGCCCUCCACUCUGCCCUCUUCUCUUAUUCAGGUUGGGACACCCUUAAUUUUGUAACAGAAGAAAUAAAAAACCCAGAAAGAAAUUUGCCCUUGGCUAUUGGGAUUUCUAUGCCAAUUGUGAUGUUCAUCUACAUCCUGACCAACGUUGCCUAUUACACAGUGCUGAGAAUUUCAGAUGUCCUUAAUAGUGAUGCUGUGGCUGUGACAUUUGCUGACCAGACGUUUGGCAUGUUCAGCUGGACCAUCCCCAUUGCUGUUGCUCUGUCCUGCUUUGGGGGCCUUAAUGCAUCUAUCUUUGCUUCAUCAAGGUUGUUUUUCGUGGGCUCCCGUGAGGGCCACCUCCCAGACCUCCUAUCUAUGAUCCACAUUGAACGUUUCACACCCAUUCCUGCCUUAUUGUUUAAUUGUACCAUGACACUCAUCUACCUCGUUGUGGAGGAUGUUUUCCUUCUCAUCAACUACUUCAGCUUCAGCUACUGGUUCUUUGUGGGGCUCUCUGUUGUUGGACAACUCUACCUUCGUUGGAAGGAGCCUGACCGGCCCCGGCCUCUCAAGCUGAGCCUGUUUUUUCCCAUUGUGUUCUGCCUAUGCUCCGUGUUUUUGGUGAUUGUUCCCCUCUUCAGUGACACCAUCAGUUCUCUCAUUGGCAUUGGGAUUGCCCUGUCUGGGGUUCCUGUCUACUUCAUGGGUGUUUACCUGCCAGAGUCCCGGAGGCCACUGUUUAUCCGGAAUGUCCUGGCUACUAUCACCAGAAUCAUCCAGAAGCUGUGCUUUUGUGUCCUGACUGAGCUAGAUGCAGCUGAAGAGAGAAAGGUUGAGAGGAAAACUGACUAGAGGCCAAAGGUGACAUCCCCUGAAGCCCAGAAGGUUGUGGCUACAACCACCAAGAUCUAGAUAAAAAAGACUGGGGCCAAUGCUCCUGAAUUAAGAGAGACUGUAAGGGCUAGUGCUUCCCAGUUGGUAUAGUAGGAUACUCAGGGUUCAGACCAGUCUGAAGGUGGGGAUCUCAGGGUAGAGGGGAGGCUGAGAUGCAGGGGAAUGGUUUUUUUCCUGGUGGGUAGGUGCAGUCCUGAUCAGCCUUGGAGAGCUGCAGCAGGGGAAGACGAAGUGCUAGGUUGAUGCUGUGCUGGUGGUUCAGAGCUAUUGAGGUUUGAACCAUGAGUCUCUGCAGAAGACCUUCUUGAUGGGAAGUCUUCCUCUGACUGGGUGCAAUCUCCUGACUUUAGAGACCUAAAAUGAUAUUUCUUCCUGUGAUUCAAACUCUUUGCUGAGGAGAGAACUGCAUUCUUGUUUUGUUGCUGGUUGGGGUGGCAUGAAAAGCAAAGCUGUAUUUAACUGAUAUAGGAACUGUGUGUAUCACAGUUCCUGAAUUUCGCGAGGACCCUGUGCUGGAAUUUAACACUUAAAUAGGCUUGAUGAGAGGAAAUUAUUUCAGGGCCUCAGCUGUGCUCACUGAACAUUUUUGUCAAGACUGGUUUCUCAGCUGUGGGUCUGUAUGUCUGGGGAGCCACAGCUCCCAUUGUCUACCGAUUAUGCAUCUCCGUGAAGAGGUCCUGAUUGACUUUGCCUGGAUCAUGUCUACACUGUGGUCAAAAUCUCAUGGAGAGGCAAAUUACCAGCUUUCUCAUGAGUUGAUCUUAGUCACCUGACUGUGCCCCUCCUACCUUGAACUGUGUAUGAUUCAUGAAGGAUGUGGUCCUGAAACAAAGGCAGGGAAAAUGCUGCAGCGGCAGAGCGAGCAGGAACUUUUUUUUUUUUUUUUUGGCCAGUCCUGGGCCUU